ACUUGAAAAGUACUACUCGUAACUACUUAAAAGUGGUAGAAAAUAUGUUUUGUAUAGUUAAAUAAUCCAUUAAAUUUAAUCAUCAUAAUAAUUGAUAUUUCUCAUUGCUAUAAUAUUUUUAAGUAUUUAUAAUAUACUCUAAUUCCAUACUUCUGCAGUUACACUUAUUUGAGUUCUGAGCUUGUUUUCAAUUUUGUGAAUAAAAAAAAAAAAUGACUUGCAUGAGUUUAAAUGGAAAUUUUAGUAUGGGUGAACAUACUCUAUCAAUACCUAGAGAACUUUAUAAGCUAAAUCAGGAACGACUUUGUAAAUCUUUAAAUUCAAUUUCUGAACUUCUAAACUCAGAUUGUUAUGUACUUUUACAAGGAGGAAAUGCUAUAAGUCAUUAUUCAUCAGAUACUGAUUAUGAUUUUAGACAGGAAUCUUAUUUUCAAUGGACUUUCGGGGUUAGCGAACCGGAUAGCUAUGGUCUUUUGCAAGUGUCUACCGGCAAAGUGCAUCUAUUUUUCUCCAGGAUUCCAGAGGAACAUUAUGUUUGGAUGGGAAUUCCACUGGAGUUAAAUGAAUAUAAACAACGAUACCAAGCAGAUUACGUGUACUAUACGGACAAGCUCGCUGAAACAUUGGAAUUAUUGAAACCAUCAGUUUUGUUGACUUUGACUGGAGUUAAUUCUGAUAGUGGAUUAACAGUGAAAGAAGCUCAUUUUGAUGGCAUAGAAAAAUUUGACGUAAACAAUAAAAUACUAUAUAAUAUAAUAUCAGAAUGUCGGGUAAUUAAAACUGAAUAUGAGAAAGAAGUCAUGAGAUAUGCUACUAAGGUUUCUUGUAAUGCUCACAAAUCAGUUAUGUCAAAAUGUAAACCUGGAAUGUUUGAGUACCAAUGUGAAGCAAACUUUUUACACUAUGUUUAUUAUGUUGGAGGAUGUAGACAUGUUGGAUACAAUAAUAUAUGUUGUUCCGGGUUAAGCAAUGCUAUUUUACACUAUGGACAUGCUACUGAACCAAAUGCCAAGAAAAUAUGUGAUGGUGAUCUUUGUCUUUUUGAUAUGGGUGCAUCUUAUUGUGGUUAUACAGCUGAUGUUACAGUUACAUUUCCAGCUAAUGGGAAAUUUUCUGAUGAUCAACGUUCUAUUUAUAAUAUUGUACUUGCAGCAAAUCAAACAGUUAUGAAAUCAAUAAAGCCAGGUAUAUGUUGGAUUGAAAUGCAUAUUCUUGCAAAUAAAGUUAUGUUAAAAGGACUGCUUGACAUUAAUUUACUUCAAGGAGAUGUUGAUGAAAUGUAUGAUGCUGGACUUGCAGCAGUUUUUCAACCUCAUGGUCUUGGACAUUUAUUAGGACUUGAUGUACAUGAUGUUGGAGGUUAUUUAGAAGGAUGUCCAGAACGUCCAUUACAGCCAGGUGUUAAAGCUUUGAGAAUGGCAAGAAAAUUAAAAGCUGGAAUGGCGAUUACUAUUGAGCCAGGGUGUUAUUUUAUUAAACCAGUUUUAAAAAGUGCUCUUGAAAAUCCAAAUUUAGCAAAAUAUAUAAAUCAAGAAGUACUUGAGCGUUUCAAAGUUGUUGGUGGUGUUCGCAUUGAAGAUAAUGUGUUUGUUACUGAAAAUGGAGUUGAAAAUUAUACUCCAGUCCCAAGAACAAUAGAAGAAAUUGAAAAUUGGAUGAGCAAAAAUGAAAUGUAUAAAUAAGUCAUUUACAUGAACUAUAGUAUUAUAUAAUCAUUAUCAAUUUAUGAAUUAAUCUAAAACAAUUAUAUAUAAUUAUAGAAAACUUAUGCUGUAAUAUUUUUACAUAUUCAAUAUUUGUGUUAUUGGCAAUGUGAUAAAAUAAUUUGAAAAUU